CUAGCAAUAGAAAUAGAAAGUAAACAACUUGGAGAUGACAAAGAUAUUGAAGAUGACGAAGAUAUUGGAGAUGACGAAGAUAUUGGAGAUGACAAAAGUGUUGGAGAUGAUAAAGGUAUUAAAGACGAUGAAGGUAUUGAAGACAACAAAGGUAUUGGAGACAACAAAGGUAUUGAAGAUAAUGAAGGUGUUGGAGAUGAUGAAGGUAUUGAAGACAAUGAUAAAACAAGAAUAGAUAAUCAACUUGGUGACAAAAAUAACUAUAAUUACUAG